AAUUGUGAAUGAAAAACUCAUCAGCUGCUUCUUCACCACCCAUGGCUGGAUCAACUCUCAAAAGUACUGCAAUCAUGAAGUAUGCAGUUGUUACCGGGGGAAACAAAGGGAUUGGAUUCGAGAUAUGCAGACAGCUGGCAUCUGAAGGUAUUUCUGUAAUUUUGACUGCGCGAAACGAAAAGCGAGGGUUUGAAGCUGUUGACAAACUCAAAAGCUUUGGUCUCUCUGAUAACCUAAUGUUUCAUCAGCUCGAUGUAAUGGAUUCAGCAAGCAUCGAUUCCCUCGCUGGGUUUAUUAAUUCCCAAAUCGGAAAGCUUGAUAUCUUGGUGAACAAUGCUGGGGUUAGUGGAAUUACCGACGGCGAAGUAAGUUUCCGUUGUUCGUAGUUCAUUCUGCACUCUGCCUUUACUGGGAAAUCCUUUACUAAUGCUCGCUUAAUUUACAGUACUAUGUUUCUUUGUUAGUUGUUGGAGAUUAUGUUAC